UGUUUAGUGCGUGAUCGGCGCUCAGACCUGCAACUUGUGCCUCCGGAAAAAAAGAGGCAACCAGACAGACAUCGCGAUAGUGCGGAAUUCGAACUGCUUUAAAUAGCUAUAGACUAUAGUAGUAAUAACUGAACGAAACAAUAAAUUAUUAGCACGAGUGCCCAGUGAUAAGCAAACAGUUCCACAAGCUCUUAAAAAAAGCUCUUAUCACCAACUGAAAGUUGGCCUACUUUGCCUAUAUAAAGAAAACUCUCUUAACCAUGCAGCCAGUUUUGGAAGUGAGCAUUUACACUCUGCUAAGGAUGGCGUUCCUUUGGCAGCUGAUCUCCGCCGCAAUCUACAUAGUGGGCUCCCUCACUAUCGUGGCCUACCUGUACGACAACCUUAAGUCCUUGGUCAGUAUUAUCAAGGCUGUCCUGGAACCCUACUUCCAGCCACAAUUGCCAAAGACUCUGGUGGAAAAGUUCGGCCAAUGGGCAGUGGUGACGGGUGCCACCGAUGGCAUUGGAAAGGAAUAUGCCAGGGAGCUGGCUCGACAGGGUCUCAACCUGGUGCUCAUCUCGAGGACGAAGGAGAAGCUGAUUGCCGUCACCAACGAGAUUGAGAGCCAGUACAAAGUGAAGACCAAGUGGAUUGCUGUGGAUUUUGCCAAGGGACGCGAGGUUUACGAUCAGAUCGAAAAGGAACUGGCAGGAAUUGAUGUUGGCAUUUUGGUCAACAAUGUGGGCAUGAUGUACGAGCAUCCGGAGACCCUCGAUCUGGUGUCGGAGGAUCUUCUGUGGAACCUCCUAACCGUCAACAUGGGAUCGGUUACCAUGCUCACCCGCAAGAUCCUGCCGCAGAUGAUUGGCCGCCGGAAGGGCGCCAUUGUGAACUUGGGAUCCUCGUCGGAACUCCAACCCCUGCCCAAUAUGACCGUCUACGCGGCCAGCAAGAAAUUCAUCACCUACUUCUCUAAGGCAUUGGAAUUGGAGCUGGCGGAGCACAAUAUCCACGUGCAGUUGGUAAUGCCCAACUUUGUGGUAACCAAAAUGAACGCCUACUCCGAUCGGGUGAUGCAGGGUGGUCUGUUCUUCCCCAACGCCUACACAUUUUCCCGCUUCGCAGUAUUUACACUGGGAAAAACGAGCGAGACGAAUGGUUUCUGGACUCAUGGCAUACAGUAUGCCCUCAUGAAGUUGGCUCCCCUACCGAUUCGCACAUAUCUGGGCCACCGGCUCUUCAAGAGGCUGCGAAUCGAAGCCCUUGAGCAAAAACAACAGAAACUGAAGCUUUUGUAAUUCGUUAGGCUAGGUUAGGAGUCAUGUAAAUAUUUGGUUCUUAGUCGUAAGGCUUAAGCUAUUCACUAGAAAAACAAUUUUGUGCAAAGCCAUAAAGAAAUAAAAACGUAAAACAAAAGAUAAA